GGUUCAUAAGUGCCUACCAAGACGCGCCUCGUAAGGUCUCGAUCUCGUGACAUAUUUCGACCGGAAUCGGAUCAAAAUCAGAAUCGGGCGGGGAAUCUCAAGUUAUCAAAUCAUGAACCUGCGAAGUAUUAAAUGAUUACAUUAUACACUGCAUGUUGGACAUGGUAAUUUCCGGCUUAUGAGAAAAAACAAAAUAACUUUACUUGAGACAGCUCGAGAGCAGACCGGUACCCGGCAGCAGACCAGGCAGAAGGCAGGCGGUACCGCGUACGGUACACCGUGUACGGUACCGUGUACCGGUACUCACUAUACUCUCCCCCCAGGCCCUGGCUUCAGUCUCAGCGCAGCUCCGUCUAUUCUGGCAUCCUUUUGAGCUCAGGGCCAGGCCGAGCUGACGACUUCUCUCCGCCCGGCGACACCGGAUGCUGCUCUGACAGAUAAUUCAUAUCAGGGAACACACAACUCACAACCACCAGUAAAUAAGUCCCGGUAAAAAGAGGAACAGACUGAGCAGAGACAUGAGUGAAGAAACUGGAAACAAUGUUGUCAGUGAACGACGUGGUAGACAAUGUUGCACGUGCAAGAUGACAGACUUCAAGUUGACUUGCAACAAACUAAGUGAUGUCAGUUGCUGUCAGGAUGGCAUGCCGUUUUUCAUCUAUUGCUUCUACCGCUUUGUCGUCGGUGGCUAUUUCUUUGGGUUUCUCAUCUUCUUCAUAUAUGAUUCCAGCCAAGGUGUCUUUGGCGUCAAAUUCCUCAUCUAUCUGACCAACUGGACGUACAUGCUUACCACAUUCUAUCUCUGCACAGCUACCGUUAACGUUCUCCUCAACUUUGUAUUGGAUAACAGAGUAGUAGGUGGUGCUCAUGACAAGUUUCACAGAAUCCGUCAUCAGCUGCAGUGGCUCCUCUUCAACAUUGCAAUAACGUCCUGUCUGAUUGUAACUCUUGUCUACUGGCCUAUCCUCCGCCCGAUGAUACCAGAUCCUGAGAAACCACCUCUCUACCUAGACAUGAGCAUCCACCUCUUUACAAGCAUCUUUUGUCUCCUUGACCUCUUCAUCACAAAGGUCACCAUCCAGUACCUCCAUGUCCUCUAUCCCGCCCUCUACCUUUUCACCUAUGGCAUCUUCGCUAUCAUCUACUGGGCCGCGGGUGGGACGGACCCCUAUGGGGACCCAUACAUAUACCCCAUCAUCGACUUUGAGAAUGCACCGGGCAUCGCUGUGGCAACUAUUUUUGGCAUUGUUAUAGCAGUGUUGCUUGUGCAUGGGCUGGUGAAGCUGCUGUAUUACUUGCGGGUGAGGUACGUCGACAGACGCCAUGAGACCUCUUCGGAAGAUGAACGCGCACCGCUGAAUCCCCAAGAGCAGAGAUCAUUUGCGGUGCUUUAGGAUUAUUUCAGGUUUUAACCAGUAGAGUCACUCUAUAGGGAGCUUAAGAUUUGUCACAAACUUUCUGUGACUCAUUUUAUUUGGAAAAAAUAAUGUUAUGCACGUAUGCAUGUGAGAGAAAGUAACUAUUUUGCGUAAGUGUAUUACAAUAUUUUUGCCAACAUAAAAGAAGUUGCAUCACAGACGAUGCAUCAUAUCUUAAGCUUUCUAUUCUGGCUUCCGGACCAGUUAAUCAUUACCAAAAUCACAGAGAGCUGAUUAUUUUUUAUACGGAUAGGAUUAAACUUAGUAUUUUUAAUGAAAUAAAUAUAUAUAAAUUGAACUGAAGUAGAUUCUUGAAUUUCAAGGACUCUGGUAUUGGACACCUUUAUGUAAAAAGUAAAAUACCUUAAAUCAGGGGUUCUCAAACCUUCUCUUUGAAGGGCCAGAUGAGACUCAAAAUAAACCUGAAAGGGCCAGGGUGAAGUGGAUACUUAGAAAAAAGUGUGUGCGCAAAGUGCGAAGACCCUUCCAGCCGGGGUCCUAGAUGCUCUCUGGUGCAAUCUGGCCCUUAUUUUGGGAGAAUUUAAUCGAACAAAUUUAUAACAGUUUCAUAUGGAACACAGGCAAAAUUAGAAAAGAUUUCAAAAUACAGCGAUAUUCAAUAGUAAUGACAACAAAAUUGUAGUAUACUUUGUUAAAAGGAAUGUAGAUUGUACCUACAAUAGCCUAAGUCGAUUUUAACACAUACCUAGAAUUGAAGAGACAGAUAAUAUUUUGUAGUAAUGUAAUCAUAUUGAGCUAUGUUUCAUAUUGUGACUUAAAAGUGAUUUAAAAAAAACAGCAGAGUCUUGCGGGCCGGAUAGAGAAGCCAUAGUUUGAGAACCCCUGCCCUAAAUGAUGUGUCAUUUAAAUACAAUGUAGGCCUACAGUAGAAAACUAGUAAGAUGCAAAAGUGUCCUUAAAAUCUUAUAAAUAGAGGUAUUUUCAAGUACCAUUUUGUCCAUAUUUUGAUGUACCAGAAAACAAGGUAAUGCUUUCCAAAAUAUUAUAAUUUACCACAGAAAUGGAGUAGUUUUCAUUUUUGGUAAUGAUAUGGGUCCCUUUUUGCAAGAUGUUGACUGUACCAGGCUUUUCACAGUAUGUUACUUGACAUAUUUGUCCCAAAAAAACAUUACAAAAAAUAUUGGGGUAAAUUCAAUCACAACAUUUUUAUAUUUUGUACAAAACCAAUUCAAAUGAUAGCUACCAAAUUGAUGGCGAGAUCUUAGACUAUAAUUUAUUUUCGAAAAUUUGAAAUAGGUCAGGCAGUUUCGCCUGAAUUGAGAUCUCAAAAUUCUAAUCAAUCGAUGAGUUUGUGCUAUGCUUGAGAAGGUUCUGAAAAAUUCUGACCUUAGGCCUAUUCCAAUCUCAAAUAGUUUUGUGGAUAUUUUAAGCAAAAAAUGUUUUUUUUUUAAAUGUCAUCAUAAAUUAGAAAGUAUAUGGGCCAAGUCCAUGAAACUUUGACAUAAUGGUCAUCAAGUAUUACUGAACAUCCUGCCAGAGUUUCAGGUCCCAUUACCAAGGUCAAAGGUCAUUUAGGGUCAAUAAACUUAGGCCAUGUUGGGAGAAUCAACAUCAAAAUUUUAAUCCAGGUUAAGUUUUUGAAAUGUCGUCAUAACUUUGAAAGUAUAUGGACCUAGUUCAUGAAACUUAGACAUAAGGGUAAUAGUGUAUCACUAAAGAUCCUGCCUGAGUUUCAGGUCACAUGACCAAGGUCACUUUGGGUCAACAAACUCUGUCCAUGUUGGGGGUAUGUUUAGAAUUGUCAUCAUAACUCUGAAAUUUUAUGGAUCUUGUUCAUGAAACCUAAACAUAAGAGCAAUUAUGUUUUUCAGGUCACAUGACCAAGGUCAAAGGUCAUUUAGGGUCAAAGAACUUUGAUAAUGUUAGGGGUAUUUGUGGAAUUUUGUCAUAACUUUAAAAGUUUAUGGAUCUAGUUCAUGAAACUUGGACAUCAAAGUAACCAUGUAUCCCUAAAUAUCCUGUGUGCAUUUCAGGUCACAUGACCAAGAUCAAAGGUCAUUUAAGGUCAAUGAACUUUGGCCAAGUUAGGGUAUUUGUUGAAUUGGCAUAAUAACUUUAAAAGUUUUUGGAUCUAGUUCAUAAAACAUAGACAUAAGGGUAAUCAGGUAUGAAUUAUUGUUUUACACACGUCUUAGGUCACAUGAUCAUGGUUAAAGGUCAUUUUGGGUCAAUGGACAUAGUAUUUUAUUAUCAUAUGAGUGUUCCUUUUGUGAAUAAUUAUUCAAUAGCUGUUUUCAAAGUCAGCACUGCUGUUAUAUCGAAUUGUGUAAUGCAGGCGAGACUGCCAGAGGCAUUCCACUUGUUUAUAAUAUGUGCUUGUUGCAAAAUGGUGAUUUCCUGUUGCUUUUUGAGAAAUUAUGAUUUUUCUCGGAUAGGUGCUAAAAGUGACAAAUUUGCUUGUAUUUUGACAAUGCUUGCACAAACACCAAUCUCAUCCAAAAGAAAUUCAGGUACAAUCUAAGUCGCUUUUCAAGUUAGUGAUAUUUUAGGAUAUACUGGUAAUUUUUUAUGGUGGUGGUGGACUGGUGGUGAUGACUUUUUACCUGAGAAAGCAUGAAUGCUUGUAAGCAAGCAACCAUAGGACCAACGGCUUAAAGUUCUCUCUGAGGGACCCCAUAGUUAGGAUAAAUGCCUUAUCAAUGGGCACUAGCGCACCAAUUGGAAAUCAUCUCUUUGCAGGUAGAGUCACUGGCACUGGAGACAGAAAUGCAUGCGUGGAUUACACGCAAAUAUUCAGCUUGAACAUUUCAUCUGUUAUAAGCUGUAUACAGUGUUUUGUAAUAUACAUGUACCCCUUAUGAUAUGCACUUGAAAGCUUACAAUUUGAACUCCCUUCUUUGCUCCGGGAAAUUGACAACAUUGAACUCUUCAAAUUGUCUCUCAAAACUCACUUAUUUCAGCAGAUGUGUAGUAAUUAGCUUUAAAUUGGAUGAGCCUGCGCCUAUGAAUGUGCUUAACAGAAAUAUGACGCAAUGUAAAUGUAUGGAUCAUCAUCAUCAAUUAUUGUUUUAAAGUUGGCUGCAAAUUUGCCCCAAUCCACCUUGUGCAAUUUUGACAUAAUCUGUGCCAUUCUUUAUGUAAAAUUGUGGUGAAAACAAAAGCAAUGUUUUGAAAGUGUCAAAUAUACAUAUAGAAUAUGUAAUGGGUUAAUUGUCAUAUUCAUAAAGAAUUUUAUAUGCAUAUUGUUUUUUAUAAUUGUUCAUUUUUGGGUACAUAUUUUUUGUUAUGGCAAGUUCUUUAACCAUCAUAUACAUGUUGUCAGAAAUUGAUUUGUACUUUUUAAAUCCCCCAAAGUUUGAAGGGGUACUGUUAGAUGGAGGGGUUCGCAUCUUCUUGCAGACCAAACAACUUCCUAAUUUUCACCUUCUGCUCAAGUGAAGACUUACAAGACACAGUUUUCAGAAGGUUGCUGGUACUGUUUUACCAUGUUGAUGACAUAUUAUGACAAUAAAUUCCCUGGAAAAAAAAUUUGCAGAGCAAAGUUAUUGUCCAAACCUCACGAGGCUUUGUACACAAACUGGUCUGGGAGUGAAGAUGUGCAAGACACAUUUCUUUUCUAUGCCAGGUUCUGCAUUGGCAUGGUAAUUACAUUUAUAUGGCAAACGAUCUGGAAAAAGUGGGGGGGGGGGGGUCUUACUAAAAGGUCCUCACUGGAGGCUGCUUUGACAGGGCAUGGAGUUUCAUCACCUUGUCUGGUUUUUCUAGUUAAUGAUAUUAUUGAAUAACUUUAGAAAAAAAGUUAGAAAUAAAUAUAAGUUUUUUUGUCAUUAAUUUUGAUUAUGAAAAAAAAACCAGUCCAUAGUCAGUCUGUUUAUAAUGUAGCUAAAAUUUGUGUUUCUUUUUUAAUACUGACAUAGUCAGUAUCAUAAUUUGAUUCAAAAUUAUAACUUGAUUAUUUGCCUUUGAUAAUCCCCUGUUAUCCACGCUUAAAUGAAUGUAUAUAUGAGACUAUGCACAUAUUGGCCCAACUGAACUGUUCCAGGGGAAUUUUUAAUGAUAAUUUGCAUUUGAGGAUUUUUUUACAUGUAAUAGCAAUUCUUCAUUUUUCAAUUACAUUCCCUCUAAAGG